AUGGCUGAAAUGAUUCAUGUGCAGCAGCAGGAUCUCCAGACUGAAUUAGAGGCUUGCUGGCAGCCUCGAUGGUUUCUUCUCUGUGGUGGCAUCCUGUCCUAUUAUGACUCUCAGGAAGAUGCCUGGAAGGGUUGUAAGGGAAGCAUCCAAAUGGCCGUGUGUGAAAUUCAAGUUCAUCCUGCAGAUAACACACGAAUGGACCUGAUCAUCCCAGGGGAACAAUACUUUUAUCUGAAGGCAAGAAAUGCAGUCGAAAGGCAGAAAUGGCUGGUCGCACUAGGAACUGCCAAAGCCUGUCUGACUGACAGCAGGACACAGAAGGAAAAAGAGUUCACUGAAAACACAGAAACCUUGAAGACUAAAAUGUCUGAACUUAGACUGUACUGUAACCUUCUUGUUCAGCAAGUGCAUAAAACGAAGGAAGCCAGCAUUUCUGGUGUGUCAGAACCAGAGAGCGGGAUUGAUAUGGGAGCUCUGUUAAAAUCAACCUGUGACACCUUCCUGAAGACUCUUGAAGAAUGUAUGCAGAUUGCAAAUACUGCCUUCACUUCUGAGUUAUUGCAUCAGACCCCACCUGGGUCCCCACAUUUAGCAGUUCUCAGAACGAACAAGAUAAAGCACUCUGUCUUGUCCAGUCACACCUCAAUGGAAAGACAGAUGGAAUUGAACUCCUGUGAAAAUGGCUCUGUAAAAACAGAAAUUAACCAUCAAGAGCAAUCCCUUUUUAAAAGUCUGGAAUGUUUAAACCUGGAAACAAAUGAGGGGGGCAGUGAUGUUUCUGUUGAAGAUCACAUAGCAGAUGAUUUGGCAGGCAUUAAAGAAGAUGGAGAGAACAAGCUGCAAGCUGUAGAAAGCUUUGGUGCCCACAAGCUGCUGCAGUCGGAAACAAAUUCUUUAAGUGGAUUGACUCUGUGUGAGGAAGACAGAAAUGAAAAUGAUUCUCCUACCUUCUUCAGUGUCAUGAGCAAUAGGUUCAGUGAUAUUGAACUUCGGGAGGAGGAGGGCAUACCAACAGAAGAGUUUCUGGAGUCAUGUUAUGCAAUUGUGCCCGUUCUGGACAAACUGGGACCAACUGUUUUUGCUCCUGUUAAAAUGGAUUUUGUAGGUAACAUCAAGAAAAUAAACCAGAAAUUUAUAACCAACAAAGAAGAGUUUGAUACCCUUCAGAAGAUAGUGCUCCAUGAAGUGAAUGCCGGCGUAGCACAAGUUAGAAACUCUGCUACGGAGGCUCUCCUGUGGCUGAAAAGAGGCUUAAAGUUCUUGAAAGGGUUUUUGACGGAAGUGAAGAAUGGAGAAAAGAAUAUCCAAACAGCUCUAAACAAUGCUUAUGGAAAGACAUUACGGCAGCACCAUGGUUGGGUUGUCCGCGGGGUCUUUGCGUUAGCUUUAAGGGCAGCUCCAACGUACGAAGACUUUGUGGCAGCUCUGUCUGUAGAGGAGUGUGAUCCUCAGGAAGAAACGUUUUACAAAGGAAUGCAGAGGGACCUCAACAUUUACUUACCAGCCAUGGAAAAGCAGCUAAAUAUCUUGGACACUCUCUAUGAAGUACAUGGUUUGGAGUCAGAUGAGGUGGUAUGACUACAGCAAGACCAUGUCUUAAAACUUCAGGGACUGUGUCUGUUAACAAAGAUUUUCUUUCGUUUCUUUUUUUUAGACAUCGUUUCUGUUCAUUGUAUCUUUUCAGGUGGGAAGGGUGUUGUGAGUGUUUUUGGGGAAGGGUAUGUAUGAUUUUUAUUCUUUUUUGUUAACACUUGUUUUGUGUUUAAAUGCAGAGGUACUGUUUCUCUUUGGGUCAUAACUAUGUCCGUGAUGAAUGUUUUUGACUGUUUCUCUCCUGCCUGUGCACUCCCUCUUCUCUUCACCUCGUAAAAGUAACAGAGCAGAAUUUGGCCUUUGCUCCCGUACCUCAGGAGAGAGCCACGCGUGCAGCGGAGCGGUCGGGAUGUCAAGAUGGAGCCCAGGCAGGUGCUGCUGGCUCUGGCUCUCCCAUGGCCUGUGCCCACUCCCUGCGACAGUGUAGGAGGACAGAGGUAGGGAGAGUUACUGUUACUCCGGUAACAGAAGAGAAGGUCAGUUAAAUGCCACCUUAUAAGGUACGUGGUGCGUUUGUCCCUUAAUUUGGGUUGAAGCUUUUUAAUGUAGCACCUCCCCAAAUAUUACAGAGAUCUUCAUCACAAGCAUAUGUGGUUGGUGGUCUGAGCUUCCCCAGGAACCAGCCUUUGCAACUGUGGGUCGUGUUCCCUGACCAGCUCCCAGUAUGUGCCAUGUUCUCCCUGUCAGCUCCUGCCAGUGGGUCACAAGAAAUUUGCUGGCACAGAUGGGCAGAGCCCAGCUAAUUGCAACAGUGCUUUACACAAGCAAUUGAAGAUCAUGUCCAUCAUCCUGGUUCAUUAAGGUUUUGGUGGAUUUUUCUAUUUUGGGUUUAGGGUUUUCUUAAAUUCACACAAAAACAUAAUACUUGCUUUUAAAUUGAAUACAGCUAGCAGUUUAAAAAGCAGAUUUUAUUAAAAUCCUUCCUAGGCUGCCAUUAUGGGCAGAGGCUUCAUGAAAGUGGAGUAAAGCAUAGGAGAAGUUAGAAUUUGUCAUGGAGCCACUACCCAUUUGGCCAAUUACAAACCUGAAAAUCUGAAAUGAUGUAGAAGUGACUGGAAAUUAAGAAAGUAAGAUUUGCCCUUUUUCCCGUUUUGCCGAUACAGAUAAAAAUGUGCUCCUUAACACUGCUGCUAUUAAAAAAUAAUAAAGAAGUCCUUUUAGCUAGUGAUACAGUUAAGGACAAAAUUCCUAGCUGUCUUGAUGUCUAGAAGGCUGUCUGUGAAUUACUGACUGCCCAUUCAAGGCAUAAAUGGGUCUCUCAGUGGUGACCUAGGGCUUCAGAUGGCUUUGUGCAAAGAGUUGAGUUGUGUGCAGGAGGAGAGAAGACUGUGCUAAUGAGGUACUUAGAAUUAGUAAAUCUUCAUAAAUACAGGAGAAGUUUCAGUGUCACCAUACUCACAGGCGAAGUACUGGCUUUUGCUAAGCUAAAAACCAUGUUGUCAGUAAAAUGAAUGUACUGCAGGCCUGCUGCCCGGCAUCGCUCUGUGACGGGAGCCUCUCUGCACACCAUAUACUUGAUCCUUUCUAAAGAGCCUAGCAUUGCGAGCUUUAAGAAAAGCAUAUGAUGCUUGAAGAAAAGACCAAACAUCACACAGUGUAUAAAGCAAGAUACCAGAACUGUAAUUAGGCAUUUAAACAGUGUGUCUUGUUCCUGUCAUCUUCUCUGAGUUGUGCCUAUCUGUAGUUCCUACAUCCUUCCAAAAGGCAUCAGUAGGAUGUGGGCGUUUUAGGUUUUUGUUUUUUCUUAAAUUAAGUAGUAUAUAUUUAUGCCUGAGUACAAAGUCAAAACUUUUGACCAAAGCUCCAUUCAAUUAUUUCACUACUCACAGUGCUAAAAAUGAAGCAAAGAGCCUUUGGGAUUCAGCUGUCUGCUUCUUCUAAGCAUAAAUGCAAAGAAACCACCCCUGCAGCAGACCAACCAACCCUCCACCCUGUGUGGCUUCCUCAGGGUUUUUGGCUAUUAUGUGGGAAACUUUGCUGUAAUAGUUCUUAGCUGAAUGCUCUGGGGAGGUAAUGGAGACCACAUUUCCACAAAAUAUCAGCUGGAGUAUGGAGAGAGCAGGAAGAGGUCCCUUUUCUCUAGAAAUUAACUUGUGAGAUCAUGAUGAAAAUUGGCUUCCCUUUUUGCUCUAAGCUUUUCCAAUAGCAAGAAACAGUAUUCAGCACUUAAAGUCUUGGAGAUAUUUUUGGGUUUUCUGUUUGUUUUGUUUUGUUUUUUAACUAGCGGGAGAACCACUGGUUUGUUAGUAGUGCAUCAGACUCAACGUUUGAUGCAAGAAAUAAGGAGGCUUUAUUUUGUAAGCAGAGAACUUAACAGCUUCAUUGGGCCAUUGGCUUCAGCAAUUACUAACUUCUACCGUUCCUUCUUCUAACAAAUAGACAGUGGUACACAUUGCAUAUCCUCUAAUCAGCGUGGCAUCCUGCCUCAGAGCAGGCUUUCUUGUCUUGCUCUUCUCUGUAAAGUUGGUAUUUCUGAGAAUGUUCUUAGGAGACCAUGGCUUCAGGAGACCCCUGUGUGCUUGUUGUUAAAUAGGGGACUUGUAGAGAAGGAAUUGAGCAAGGUCUCCUCGCCUUCAAAACUUGUACUUCGCCAUGCGCUGCUCUUGCAGGGCAUUGAGCAUUUCUAAGACUAACAAAUGAUGUCUUUCCAGUCUUUUCCACCACUGAGAAAGAAACCCAUGCAGCAUGUUGCAGAGCCGAACUCCAAGUUACACCUCUAAGGAUGCAAUGGACCAGAUGACCAAGUGGAAGCAAAUACACUGCUAGACAAUUCACUUCUUUCUUUUCACAGCUUGUGAUGUCAGUUUGGCAAGCAGAGAGGAUUGCUUUUGAUUUUAAUAAUUGUCGAGCAAGCAACUAAGUUUUGGCCUUCAAAUUUAGAAUUGGAGACAAGGUCGGUGUUUUCUAUUUGAUUUGUUCGGUUCGUUGAUUGGUUAGGGUUGUUUCGGUUUUUUUAAUGGCUGACAUUUAUGAACAACUGACCUGCAUACUGACAGAGGUCCAUAUGACUCUCAGAUAACAGCACCCUUGCUCUGUAUACUUUACAUGAACUGCUUUGGUUUCUUAAACUGCACUAGUCUGAAGUUUUGCGUCCCUUUCCUUUAGAAACGCUUUCGGCUGUUUCCUUCGAUGUCUAACAGUUGCAUAUUCUCAGGGAUUUUACUUAGCCAUGGCAAAAUACGAGUAAUCACAGCCUUACCCUAGGGCAGUAAGGCUGCUUUUUGUGAAAUUAGUAUAGCUGAGCGUAGAACUCUGAUACAGCAUAUGACACUGACAGUGUCUAUCCAGUGCGCAUCCUUGCUGAGACAUGGUAAAUCCCAAAGCAAUCUUAUAGAAGUGCUAUCUAGUACUAAACAAUGGCAGUCAGCAUAUUUGAAUAGAGAUCAUACACACAUCUUUGUAAUACAGUGCCGUUGGCGUUAGAGCAGAGCUCUCAAAUAAUUUCAGUCAAGUUCUGCUUAGCAGUGGGAGGCUUUUAUUUAUUUUAUUUAUUUUUUUGUUACUUUUUUAAAACAAACUAUGUUCUGGAGCCCCCUCUGCUAUUUUAAGACACCAUACUCAGUUGCAUAUUGAAGUUCUGUGACAUUACAGUUGUAGAAUAUGAACUGGAUACUCAAGUGCUUUAGUGUAAACUUAAGGAGUCAUUGAAACAUCCCAUCUUGACACUGUUGUAUAUGGGUCUCCCUUUAACAGAUGCACUUAAAGUUAAGGGCCAUAUACCUUCACUUACAAGCUUUUUGUAAAGCAUCGUCAGGCUUUAGGUUACAGCUGUUUGCUUUAAAAUUGUUUCAUGGUUUGAAAAGUGUCACUUGGUUGGCUUCACGUAUAAAAAGUAUGCCCAAAAUGUGCUCCAGUUGUUUGCAGCAUGCAGGCAAAGGGGUGUGGACCAUUCUAGAAAACAGUGUUACGUAUGUCCAUAUGCUGGACCUUCUAACCAUUUCUUUACAUUAUCAAUUCAGCUUUUGUGAAAAGCUUUAGGGAACCCUAAAAUGCCUUUUAGAUACCAGAAAAGAUCAUUAGCACGUUCCUAUCUGGCUGUCUUCCCCUCUUCCCCCACCUGGUGACCACCCCUUCCUUCCCUUCCAUUCCUCAACUUCUUUGCUGCCAGAGUUGUUGCUGUCAAGUUGAAGUAUCUCUCCAUAAGAGUGCAAAGCAGGAAGUUUUGUAAAUGAUAAAAAUGUAAACUUGGAAAAUCAGACCUGAAUUAUUUGGCAGGGAACAAAACCUACAGUCAGAUGGAGAAUGUGCUGCUUUUCUCCGAAGUUUCUCCCUGGUUUGACAUAUUUUGCCAGGAAAACCACACCACCUUGAACUUUUAAUUUCACCAAUGAAAUUUAAAUUGGGACACUUCAGACUUGGCAGUUCUACCUCUUACGAGUGAAAGCACAGGGAUUUUUUUUUUAAUUGACUUAUUUCUGUUCUCUUGCCUGCAUAGAACAGAUAACAAAACAAAAAGAGAAGGGGGGCAAGAAUAACUGAAUUUAUGCCUCUCUGCUAACCUCUGUAGCCCCUUGGUGAACAAACCCUGCAAGCUACUGCAUGCUCCAAGCAAUAUAAAAUCACCCUUGUGCAGAAGGGUUAUCAUAGCACACUUACUGGCUCUGAGCAAGCCCAGACAGUAGCUGAUCCUGCUCACAGUUCACUUGAGGAUUUAAGCACUUGCUUUAAAGUUAGAACAUAGGCAUAUGCUUCACUUAAACACACGCUCACUCUCCCACUGGCAUGCACUUCUUCAAAAUGUGGCCUUUGGCUAUCACUUUUAAUAUCCCUUUCUUGGUAUAUUAUUUCUCCCCCCAAAAGACUCCAGAUGUGCUAAAGGGGUAUUUUUAAUAUAUGAAACUUCCUUGUUUUCAUAUCCUGAUUUUUGCUUAACACUAAGUUUGUUUAUUUUAUUUUGUAUUGCAGCAUUCAGGGGGUCCAAAACUUAUAUUUUAAUUCCUUUAUUUAAAGCCAUCUUGAAAGUUCGAGAUUUAUGUCUACUUGAAACUAAACAAGAAAAUUGCAUUCCAGAAUAUGGUGACUAAACUGAAAACCAAAGCAGCUUGCUUUUGUGCUUUCCUUUCCUAUUUUCUUUCUUUUUUUCAAGCCAAUUUUGAGCAUACUUUUUAUCAAUGUCAAGCUGAGCUUACUGCAAGCCUUACUUGUACAUACUAAAAUAUAUUACAUACAUACUGAAAUACAUUUAAAGAUGAAGAGAAGGUAUAUUGCCUCAAACUUUAAAUUUACUUAAUUCUAAGGGCUUGUUCAUGCCCCCAAAAUCACCUCUUCCAGUGUAACCAUUCACAAAUUGUGCUGUCAUAAGCAGUUCAGUCUUGAAAUACUUUGGAGUUUCCAGUCUGCAUCAUCUCUCAAAUCAUACAGCAUCUGUCUCUUUUCUUUUGGAGCAUUGUUAAGACCUUUGUCAGACUUUUAUAUUAUUUCAUUAUAAUAAACUUAUUUUAAAUAAGCAUGUUUUAAAAUCUCGCUUUCUCCUUGCAUGCAUUUUGUUUCUUUUAUUACAAUAGAGGGCCUAAAGUGCUCUUCAGGACUGCAUCUGUUCUAGGUACUGUGUGAACAGUCGAAAACAGUAUGUUUCUGGUUCAUAGAAACUACCUGUAUGUAUCUUUGUACGAAGAAUGUUAACACACAUGGAGCCUGUUUUGAUUACGAGAAUAAAAGCUCUGUCUGGCA